GUAUAAAGUUAGUGCAAAACCGUUGCUCCGGUCUAUUUGAGAAGAGAAUCUGGACGAGUGGACUGUGCUGUUCAACUGCAGGAGCCUACGGAGAAUUUGCUUGUUUCGGGACUCAGCGUUUAACCAUGCCGAAGGAGAAGGCGCACGUCAAUGUGGUGAUUAUUGGCCACGUGGACAGCGGCAAGUCCACCACGACUGGACACCUCCUCUACAAAUGUGGCGCCAUUGACCAGAGACGACUGGAGAAGUUCGAGAAAGCCGCAGCUCAGAUGGGAAAGAGUUCCUUCAAAUUCGCCUGGGUGCUGGACAAGCUGAAGGCUGAGCGGGAGCGCGGCAUCACCAUCGACAUCUCGCUGCUGAAGUUCAACACGCAGAAAUUCACCAUGACUAUAAUCGAUGCCCCGGGUCACAGAGACUUCAUUAAAAACAUGAUCACGGGCACGUCACAGGCUGACGUCGCCAUGCUGGUGGUGUCUGCGGCCAAAGGGGAGUUUGAGGUCGGCGUGUCGCGGAGCGGCCAGACGCGCGAGCACGCCCUGCUGGCGUACACGCUGGGCGUGAAGCAGAUCAUCGUCUGCGUGAACAAGAUGGACCUGACCGAGCCCCCGUACAGCCAGAAGCGCUUCGACGAGGUGGCGCGCGGCGUGAGCGUCUUCCUCAGGAAGAUCGGCUACGACCCCGCCACGGUGCCCUUCGUCCCCAUCUCUGGCUGGACCGGCGAGAACAUGAUCACGGCCACUCAGAAGAUGCCGUGGUUCCAAGGCUGGAAGGUCAAACGACGGGAAGGGAACGCGUCUGGGAAAACUCUGCUGGAGGUCCUGGACUCGGUCCAACCGCCGGUGCGCACAAUCAACAAGCCCCUGCGAUUACCUCUGCAGGACGUCUACAAAAUCGGAGGGGUUGGGACUGUACCAGUGGGCAAGAUUGAAACGGGUGUCCUGAAGCCAGGCAUGAUCCUGACCUUCUCCCCCGCCAAGCUCACUGCCGAGGUCAAGUCCAUUGAGAUGCAUCACCAGGGUCUGCAGAUGGCCCUGCCGGGCCACAACGUCGGCUUCAACAUCAAGAACGUGGCAGUGAAGAACCUGCGGCGCGGGGAUGUGGCUGGAAACACCCAGCAGGACCCCCCGUCGGACGUCAGCAGCUUCGAGGCGCAGGUGAUCAUCCUGAACCAUCCAGGGAAAAUCAAAGCGGGCUACUCUCCCGUCCUGGACUGCCACACCGCCCACGUGACCUGUCGCUUUGCUGAGCUGAAGGAGAAGCUGGACCGGCGCACCGGCAAGAAACUGGAGGACCAGCCCCAGAUCCUGGUGUCGGGAGACGCUGCAACCAUCAGACUGGUUCCCAUCAAGCCCAUGUGUGUGGAGAGCUUCUUCACAUACCCUCCCUUAGGUCGCUUUGCAGCCAGAGACCUGAAGCAGACGGUGGCUGUCGGUGUGAUCAAGUCAGUGGAGAAGAACCAGGGGUCAAAGCCUGCACAGAAAGCCCAAGUGUGUAAAUAGUUUUGUUUUUACCAGUGUUCUGGUAUUACUGAUUCAUGUGAAGAUGCUAUUUAAGUUGACUAAAUACGUUGUGUUAUUGACACAUCCAACAGAAGAUGUUGAAUUUUUGUUUAUCAUUCGCAAAAUAAAUCAUUAUUUGAGAACUUGA